AUGGGUUUCAACAACUGGGCUCGCUAUAUGGACGCCUUGAACGAAACGCUUUUCGUUGAGACGACUGAUGCCAUGCUGGCAAAGGGCCUACUGCAGGCGGGCUACAACCGCAUCAACUUGGAUGACUGCUGGUCUCCUAGGGAACGGCUUGCCAAUGGCUCAAUGACAUGGGAUACGGACAAGUUUCCACAAGGUCUUCCUUGGCUAGCAAGUUAUAUCAAAAGCAAGGGAUUUAUACCUGGAAUAUAUACUGAUGCAGGAACCUUAUCAUGUGCCGGAUACCCGGGCGCAUAUGGUUACGAGGAGAUCGAUAUAAAGGACUUUGCGAACUGGGGUUUUGAGUUUGUCAAGCUAGAUGGGUGCAAUAUGCCAACGGGGACCGAGGCUGAGUAUAGAGAGGUGUAUGGGAAGUGGCACGAGAUCUUAUCCGAAUUGGAAACCCCGAUGGUCUUCUCAGAAUCGGCACCGGCAUAUUUCGCUGAAGCAGCGAAUCUGACCAAUUGGUACAAAGUGAUGAGCUGGGUGCCGGAAUUUGGGCAGCUCGCGCGCCACUCCCGAGAUACAUUGGUAUGGAACUCGACCUUGUAUUGGCCAGACAUCACCGGCUGGGAUAGUAUCUUGUUCAACUACGGGCAGGAAGUGCGCCUAGGCCGUUUCCAGCGGCCUGGUUACUUCAAUGAUCCGGACUUCCUGAAUGUCGAUCACUUUGAUUAUACUAUACACGAGAGACGCUCACAUUUUGCACUUUGGGCCUCGUUCUCAGCUCCGUUGAUCCUGAGCACUGAUAUACUUUCUCUCACCGAUGAGGAGGUCAAAUAUCUUACAAAUCCUGACAUCAUCGCCAUUGACCAGGACCCUCUGGUUCAGCAAGCAUCGCUGGUUAGUCAAUCAGCUGACUGGGACGUCUUGACGAAAAGCCUUCACAAUGGUGACCGCCUGCUCACUGUAUUGAACAAGGGUAGUGCUACUGCUGAUUUAACUGUCCCCUGGAGUCAUAUUGGUCUUACAACAGGCACACGUCAUACCCCCUCAAAACUCUCUGUCAAGGAUCUGUGGACCGGCCGCUCCCAAACCGUCGAUCUCAUGCGCUCAAAGGGUUUCACUGCAAGGAGCGUACCGCCGCAUGGCACAGCGAUCUUCCGCAUCUCGAAUCCAGCACCAGGAUCCUCUGUCCAAACCGUCCCGACCGGUCUAAUCUUCAACACCUACUCUCUUAGCUGUUUGACUGACUCCUCUUCACGCGGAGGUCUCAUUACAUGGGCUAAUUGCACCACAUCGGACUCUCAGAUUUGGAGGGCUCGCGACGACGGCACAUUCAGCAGCCUGGCAGAUGAGAAGCGGUGCCUGGUUGAAAAGGAUGGGAAGAUCCAAUCUGGAGAGUGCAACAAGCGUGCUAAAUGGGACUAUUUCCUUUCUGGCGUAUUAGUCAAUUGUGAUUCGAAGCAAUGCCUCACAGAAGUCCAAGAUUUGGGAGCGUUUGCUACAUCAGACGUAUGCGGAUACAUGACAAAUGAACAGGUGGUGGCGCUUCCUGUGGGUGUGACUAUCAACAGCUAG